AAGAUGUCCAAGGUCGACGACAAAGCGAGAAUAGUCCCGGUUGAGGACGACGAUGAACCUGAUGACUGGGACAAGCGGAUCUUCAGCACAGGCUGUUCAGUCGAGCAGACGAAAAUGAACGACUGCUACUUCGAAAAGAGAGACUGGCGGCAGUGCAGCAAAGAAAUGGAGGCGUUCCGAGAGUGCUGGAAACGCAAGGGGAACGACCAGCGGACCCAGACGAAGGACGCGUGAAGGCGAAGAGACAGCCGUGACUAGAAUAUCAUCAUCUCUGUACAUUAUUUAGCGAAUCCAUCUCCGUUCAUCUUCUG